UCUCCUCCUGCGAUUCGACCUCACAGGCUCCCACCCCGUUUCGUCGUUCUCUUCCUUCUUUUCCGCAGCCGCCUCGCUCCCCUGUGCGCAGCAAAAUCUUGCCGCGAAUCGCCGACGCGAACCCAAUCCAGAGGAGCCGAGAACUGGGUGCUAGCCGGCCAUGGGUGACAGCCAGUACUCCUUCUCCCUCACCACCUUCAGCCCGUCAGGAAAGCUGGUGCAGAUCGAGCACGCGCUUACGGCGGUCGGAUCCGGCCAGACCUCGCUCGGGAUCAAAGCUGCCAAUGGUGUAGUCAUCGCCACUGAGAAGAAAUUGCCUUCUAUCUUAGUGGAUGAAACAUCUGUGCAAAAGAUUCAGGCACUGACACCAAAUAUUGGAGUUGUCUACAGUGGUAUGGGUCCAGAUUUCCGUGUUCUGGUGAGAAAAAGCCGAAAGCAGGCACAGCAAUAUUACCGGUUGUACAAGGAACAUAUACCUGUUACUCAGCUUGUACGAGAGACUGCUGCUGUUAUGCAGGAGUUCACGCAAUCAGGUGGUGUAAGACCAUUUGGAGUAUCGCUGUUGAUCGCUGGGUAUGAUGACAAUGGCCCGCAGCUGUAUCAGGUUGACCCCUCAGGAUCAUAUUUCUCUUGGAAAGCAUCAGCUAUGGGAAAAAAUGUUUCCAAUGCAAAGACGUUUCUUGAAAAGAGAUACACAGAAGAUAUGGAGCUUGAUGAUGCCAUCCACACUGCUAUUUUGACUCUGAAAGAAGGUUAUGAGGGGCAAAUUUCCUCCAACAAUAUUGAAAUUGGAAUUAUUCGAGCUGACCGUGAAUUCAAAGUUCUAAGCCCAUCAGAGAUCAAGGAUUUCUUGGAAGAGGUGGAGUAAACUUCGUCAUGAUUUACUGUGUCAAACAAUGAAGGCAUCACUUAUGAGCAAUCCGCCUGAAGCUUUUCUUUUGGUUUUAUUUGCCACUUACUGUAAACUGAUUUGCUCCAGUGACGUGAUGCUUACAUUUGAACCCCAUGGAUGCAUAUUGUAGACAAGAAAGAUAACCAGCUGGAUGUUCAUGUUGUA